AUGCUACUGCUGGGCCUUUGUUUAGGUGUUUGUCUCGAACGAAACUUUGUGGCCCUUUGGUCACCUCGCGGAGACUUCACCGGCUCCCAGAGUCGUCCAUCGAGUCCAACCCGACACGCCAGGUGUCGCCUUGGCCAAACGGCCCGUUCGGCCACGUUAGUUGGGAAUGAAGCACCCCUUUACCAUGGCAACAGCAAAUUUAAAGCAAUCGUUGAUGAAGACAUUGAAAGCAUGAGCCUUCGAGAAUUCGCCAACGGUGGCUAUACUGUGCUCUUUUUCUACCCAUUGGAUUUCACCUUUGUGUGUCCCACCGAGAUUAUCGCCUUUUCGGAUCGAUUUGAGGAGUUUAAGUCCCGGAAUACCCAGGUCUUAGGAGUUUCAGUGGAUAGCGAGUUUUCGCAUCUGGCCUGGAUUCAGAUGUCCCGUGACGAGGGUGGCCUUGGGGGCUUGGAAUAUCCCCUGAUUUCCGACUUUCAUCGGGAGUUAGCCAAGUCCUACGGCAUCCUCAGUCCUGAUGGAGUGGCAUAUCGUGCCUUGUUCAUCAUCGACAAGGAGGGAGUGGUGCAGCAUGCCACCGUGAACAACAUGGCCUUUGGGCGAAAUGUGGAUGAAGUGCUUCGAGUCUUAGAUGCCAUUCAAUACGUUCAGGAAAACCCUGACGAGGUCUGCCCUGCGGGUUGGCAACCCGGCGACAAGACCAUGAGACCAGACUUCGACGGGAAGCGCGAAUACUUUCAAGAUGAGUGA